CCCUUCGCCUCCGGAUCCGGCCCGCCACGUCACGCGCCGGGAAGCGGCUGAGGGCGCGCCGGGCUGAGGGGAGGCCAUGGCGGAGCUCUACGUGAAGCCGGGGAACCGGGAGCGCGGCUGGAACGACCCGCCUCAGUUCUCGUACGGCCUGCAGCAGCUUCAGGCUUCCGGGGCAGGAGGCGGCGGCGGCGGCGGCGGGAAGCGGGGGAUCCUGACGCGACGCCCGGCAGCGGCUCCGGGAGCAGCACCGCCGCCCCCUCCUCCUCCUCCCGGGCCAGCACCUGGUCCAGAAAGUGCUACUUGCUCAGCAGCGUUGUCAGCUGUUCCACCGCCACCGGUGGGCUUGCCUCCUCCUGGUUUGCCAGGCCGCUCUGUGAGGGUAGAUGCCACAAACCAACCCGUCACUGAGGCUGGAGAGGAUUGCCAUGUGGAAGAUGUUCUUGAGCCCUUGAAUGAGGCUCUGGCCAAUUGCAGGAGAUCUGUACCAAAACAGGUUUGUGAUGACAUCAGCAAGCGCUUAGGAAUCCUGCAGCAGAUGUGGGUACAAGGGAAACUCUCUGCCCCAGUGAGAAAGGGAAUGAAGAUUCUGACACAAGAGCUCAAGAAGCGGCACUGGGAUGCAGCUGAUGAGAUCCAUCGCUCACUAAUUGUGGACCAUGUCACUGAAGUGAGCCAGUGGAUGGUAGGAGUGAAAAGGCUCAUUGCAGAAACAAGAAACUUGCAUACAGAAGAUCUGGCCACAGAAGAUUACGAGCAAAAAGUUGAAACCUCUUUGGAACCAGAAUGCCAGUAAGAUUAGGCCACGUCCAAGGAGUUGGCAGUAUAAGACUGGGCCCGCAGGGGACUGAUUUCCUAAGCAGCAGAGGAAGGUGUUUUAUCGCCUGAGCAUUGGUGACCUACUCAAGUUAAUUUUUGCCAAUCUGACCAAAGCUCAAAGCUUAAGGAGAAUCUCUCAAGUAAGCUGGAGAAUUCUGUGCAGCUAUUUGAAAUUGGUGACUGUGGUUAAAAACAGCCAACCCUUUCUGGACUUGGUACAAAAUGGAAGGAAGUGACUUGGUGAUGCAAUUGUAAUGCAAGUGUACAAUGAAAGUCCAGACUGAUACAUGUGGUACUGAAACGAAGAGCUUGCACUUACAGCUACUGCUGCUCUGGAGUUCAUUUCAGUUUGGAUAAGGUUCCUGGUCUUCAUCUACAGGCAACGACCGAUUUACGUGUGACUGCACGCAUGCGCAUUGCGGUAACCCAGAAGUGGCUGGAAAAGGGGGUGGAAUGGGGAGGCGUGGGCUUGUGCAUGCUCCUCCACUGGACACAAUGACCUGAAACGCACCCCCCCACAUAUAGAUUGGGUUGCAUGUACAUUGUAUUUUUCACUCAAAUCUUUCUAGGAAAAUGUAUGCUGUACAAAAGUGAGGUCUCAUGUUUCCCAGCAAUUGCAUAUCUGUCCUCAGAAAUUCAACCAAAAUGAAGGGAUAGAUCAUUGGUAGGCAAACUAAGGUCUGGGGGCCGGAUCUGGCCCAAUUGCCUUCUAAAUCGGGCCCACAGACGGUCCGGGAAUCAGCAUGUUUUUACAUGAGUAGAAUGUGUCCUUUUAUUUAAAAUGCAUCUCUGGGUUAUUUGUGGGGCACAGGAAUUCGUCCCCCCCCCCAAAGAAAAUAUAGUCUGGCCCCCCACAAGGACUGAGGGACAGCGGACCAGCCCCCUGCUGAAAAAGUUUGCUGACCCCUGGGAUAGAUGCUAUUUCUAUUUUAUUUUAAAGGAACCAUUUUUUACUGCAAUGUCUUCAUUGUAGAGAGGAUAUUAUGCUGCUAUAAGUUUUUUUACUGUAACCCCUCUACUGGCUUCCAUUCAACCAGUUCCCACUGUGACGUUCUUUCCACACGCUCUUGGGGCAGCGUGGAGAAUAUGAUGACAACAGUUGCUGUGCAUCCUGCUUCUUUCAGUCUUAAACAAUGCAGUUUAAUUCUGGAAGUAAUUUUUCCAUUGUGGCAACUAUUGAAGGUUACUAUAGUAAUUCAAUAGUAACAUUCCAUUAACCUUUGGGUGGGGAGUUACUGUUAUUCAGCAAUGAUCCUUCUGAUCGGCUGACAGCAUCUAUAAGUUUUUGUGGUUUGUUUGUUUUAAUUGGAAUACUGUGUACACAGUUUCAAGGUAGCAUUACACUUUAUUUCCCCUUUAUCUCACAUGGGGCUCAAACCCAGAACCCUGAUAUUAAGCAUUUCACGCUCUACCGACUGAGCUACGACAGCUCAGUGACAGCAUCUAUAAGUUAAGGCUUAUGUUGUCACCUUAAUUUUGCUAAUUCUUAGAAACAAGUCUUGUAUCUUAACUUGUAUAAUACACAUAUUAGACAAGUUCCCAGCUUCCAGCUGUUGGCUGCAAAUGGGCCUCUUAAAUGUCUUGCUGUACACAAGCAUAACAGCAGCUAGAAGCCAACGACACCUCAGAAGCAAGGUGUCAUCCUCCAUCUAGGCUGUACUGGACAUUGCCAACAGUCGACAUGUUGGCAUGAUUCACACAUUAUGCUAAACCAAACCAUGGCUUAGUAUGAGCACGUGGGCUCUAGGAGAAGAGACAGCAGCCACUUUUCUCUUCUGCCAUGCUGAGCUAAACCAUAGUUUGGCUUAGUGUGUUGUCUGAACCCAGACUCAUUGUUUAGCUCCAGACUAACCCAUGGAGUUGUGACCAAGGGUUGCCCUAUGUUUUUGCUCCUCUUCUCUCAAGUGUUCCAAGAACCACUUCCCAACACUGCAACACCAACAUUGAAAAACAAUAGCAAUUGUAUUCAGUGAUUUACUUCCCAAUGUUUUAGAUUCAGCUCCCCUGCCUUGGUUUCUUACCUACUAGAGGCAAUUUGCUCUACAAAUAUAGUGUCCAAAGGAGUCAAAGUGCAAGUCAGUGUAGGGCAAACAUGGAGCACUGGACUAGCCAUGAAGCUCACUGGGUGACCUUGGGCUCCUUCACUAGCUCUAAUCUGCCUCAGGGCUGGGAGGAGAAAGCUGGGGAGCUUGGUCAAAAUUGUGCAUAAAAAAUAAUAAACUGCUAGAAUCCUAGUGUAGUUUGUUUUAAAUAUAAGGACUUAUACUUUAUGUCGAAUAAAAAUGCGACCAUACCCAUAUAUUAAAAGACCCUACAGGAAAGGUGGGUGGCCACAGAAGGGAUUUUUUCUUCGGUGGGUCUCAAACUUUAGACCACCACCUGUAGUUUCUCAAUGUACUCUAUACUAACAGUCAGGAGUUCUCCAGGGUUCAAACAGCUUUCUCAGCCUUAUGUAGAAGUGCUGGAGGCAAAACAUGGACCUUCUGCAUGCUGGACGUAUGUUCUACUAUUGAGCUAUGGUCCUUCCCAAAGAUAAGUUUUAGGUACCACUUAAAAAUGCUUUAGCUUUUGACAGCAUUAGAUUUGAUUGGCUCUUCUUUGUGUACUGGUAUUUAGUUUUAAUCUAUUAGCAUGAUUAUUUUCAAUUUUAAUGGUUUUAAAACCAUCUUUGGGUCCUAGUCAAAUAGAUUUUACUCAGAGUAGGCCCACUGAAAUUAGUGUGACUGCUAGGUCUACUCAAGAAAGGCCAACAACAUAUGAUGCUGCAGUAAAAAAGGUACUUUGAGCAAAUGAUUUUUACCCACAAUACCAAUGCCACGGCAUGUUUCCCAAAUUCAUACAUUAUAGGCUAUUGGCUGGGCUAGACUCAGGUGUUCCAAGGGUGCUGGGAAAAGUUAGCACAAUAGACACCUCAGAUUAGGGAAACAUUUGGUUUUCAGUCUCCAUUCCCUUGAUCUCAGCCCACACCCAAGCGGCCCUGUUAAAAAUGGCCUUGAGAUGGUACUGCACACCUGCAGCUCUAUCUUACAAAAGCAACAAUCUCUCUGUGAUGCUGGAGAUACAAGAAAGUAAAAGGCAAACAUAUGCUCAUCUGGCAGGAGUGUUGGGCAGCAGAAUUUUGGGAAGUUGUGUUUGCAGAAAUCUGAUCACAAAGCAAAA